ACCAGUCCUCAUCCUGCUUAAACAAUUCCAUCAUUCGUCAUUUUAAACCACAGUUAAAAAGUUAGUCGCAGUUUUUCAUGUGUUUCCCGAGUUAAGUUAUAGGGAACCUUAAAGGUCAUUUUUUUCUAAUGUUAUAAAUCAUUGAGAGUAGGGAUAUAUUAUCACAAAUUCUUUAACUGGUUAGUGUUACUGAAAAAUGGGAAGCAUACAGAUUCCCUAUCGACACUUCCUUCUUCUCCCACUUUUCUUGAUCUUAGCUGCGUUAUAUUCUCAAGUUUCUGCUUUUACUACUGAUUUUCCAAUACUAGACAGACCAACUGAGUUUCUUUCAGAAGAAAGAGUAUUCCAACUUUUCCAAGAAUGGAAACAGAGGCAUGGGAAAGUUUACAAGAAUGAGAAAGAGGAAGAAAUGAGGUUGGACAAGUUUAAAAGGAAUGUGAAGUAUAUAGUGGAAAAGAAUUCAAAGAAGAAGUCAGACUCAGACCAUUUUGUUGGUCUGACCAAGUUUGCUGAUAUGAGCAAUGAGGAAUUUAGGCAAGUUCAUACUUCAAACAUUAAGAUACCCUUUAACAAGAGAAAGACUAUUCAAAUGAGGAGUGUGGAGAGAAAGCCUUCAACAGCUUCUUGUGAUGUUCCUCCAUCAAAGGAUUGGAGAAAACAUGGGGCUGUCACUGAGGUCAAGAAUCAAGAUCAAUGUGGAGCAUGCUGGGCAUUCUCGGCGUGCGGAGCAAUGGAGGGAAUAAAUGCAAUAGCCACUGGUGAACUUAUUAGCCUUUCUGAACAAGAACUUAUCAAUUGUGAUAAUUCAUACAAUACUGGCUGUGAUGGUGGACUUAUGGACCCUGCUUUUGAAUGGGUGAUGAACAAUAGUGGCAUUAAUUCAGAAGCUGAUUAUCCAUAUACUGCUUCUCAAGGCCGUUGCAAUUACGAUAAGGUGAACCAUAAGGUUGUAAUAAUUGAUGGAUACCAAGAUGUUCCAGAGGACGAGAAUGCCCUUCUUUGUGCUGUUGGGCAACAACCUGUUAGUGUAGGCAUCGACGGAAGCAGCCUUGAUUUUCAACUAUAUAGAGGGGGAAUCUACGAUGGAGAAUGCUCUAGCAAUCCAGAUGACUUAUCCCAUGCAGUAGUAAUAGUAGGAUAUGGUUCUGAAGGAGAUGAUGAUUAUUGGAUUAUCAAGAAUUCAUGGGGUACAUCGUGGGGAAUGGAAGGGUAUGCAUAUAUAAGAAGGAACACUUAUUUGCCAUAUGGGGUUUGUGCCAUUAAUUCGUUGGCUUCAUAUCCAACGAAAGAAGCAUCUUCAGCGCCAUCUCCUUAUCCGUCUCCAGCCGUUCCACCACCUCCUCCGCCAUCCCCUCCGCCCCCUCCACCGCCUUCUCCAAAACCAAGUGAAUGUGGAGAAUUUUAUUACUGUCCAGAAGAUCAAACAUGCUGCUGUGAGUUGUACUUCUUUGGCAUAUGCUUCAUUCAGGGAUGCUGUCCUUAUGAGAAUGGUGUUUGCUGUCAUGGAUCAGAAUUUUGUUGCCCAGCUGACUAUCCUAUUUGUGAUGUUUAUGAAGGCCUCUGCCUCAAGGAUUACCGCGACAAUAUUGGAGUGGCAGCAAGGAAGAGAAGAAUGGCCAAACACAAGUUACCAUGGAGAGCUAACACUGAAGCAACAGAGGAGAGGGACCAAACUCUGAAAUGGAAGAGAAAUCAUGUUGCUGCAAUGCGUUGAAAGGAACAUUUCUUAACCAAAAACCACAAAAACAAUUGUACUUUAGUUUGUUAAAUGUAUGCUUAAAAUAACAGUUGGAAAGUGUGAAAAUGAUAUCAGGAUGUCACAUCAAACUGAGAGAUAAUAAACAAGUAGCAUUGCAAUGUAUUAA